UUUUAAGCAUGAAUGUAGGAGGAAUAUUUACUUCGAAAAUGCCACAGGUGAUCAUGUAGCCAAGCAUAACGAUUUUGGUCUGGUUUGAUUUGGUUUGAUGGUUUGUUUUGCCUGACUGCUAUACUUGUAAGUAAGCAACCAGUGGACAGACGUCUUUGCGUCCUAUUUAGAAGGAAUUGGUAAUGAGGAUUAAUGCCUUAUAAAAGAGCAUUAACGUGUUGACUUGUGGUUUCGAACCCGGACCUCCUUGUUACAAGACCAAUGUUCUUCCACUGAGCCACUGUUCCUUCCCUAAUACUGAUGUGUGAGUUAAAUGAUGCAAGGCAGAAUGCUUCACUGCGUGCAUGACAAUUUUACUCUUCGUCUUUUAGAUUCUGGACUACAGUAGGGCCGACAUCGUUUUAAUCCUUGAGACUGGACCAAGCACCACCGCUGCCACAUCACGAAGCACAUUCAAAUCGACUCAAAGGGACCACACUUCGAAAAAGACAAAUGCCUGACAUUGAUAAACAGCACAACAGGAUGGGAACGUUAACCAAAAUACACAGACGAAUAUUAUGUCGUCGGCUGAGUGUCUAUCAUCUACGACUAAUCCUUUUUACUCUGGCAUUCAUCCUCGUCUGCCUAACAAUUAACUUCAUCACCUUCCCAAGCCAAGGAAAACACAAAAUUGACCGCUCAAGUUUGUCUUUUGUCAGAACUAGUGGAGAGCUUGAGAGCAUUGAUAAAGCGUGGGAUGGUGAUGUCAGGAAUGAAAAUGGUGACCAAACAGUGAUCAAGUCUCCCAAACAUGAUGAUAGAACCAAGAGAAGAACGCGAAGUCUGUACAUCCAUUCCGAGCUUCAACCUAUCUCGACGUGGCACGAGUUGGAAGAUUUGGUCAAUUGUGUACGAGUGGAGAAAGGGAAACCUGAGACUCAACCAUGUGUAGUCCAGUGCCCGAAUGGAGAAGGUCUCGAGAUCCAUCUGGAUACCGAUCUCCGCAUUGCCAGGACGAUGGAUGCCGUGCUCUUCGGCCUUUCUCCAUUCACAAUGAGAUGGUCCUUCACCAAUGUGUUGGGCUACAAACCCGUUGCCAACCAACUUGUCGUGUUUUACAGCAUGGAAAACGUUCUUCGCAUGCACACGUGGAACCCACGGCUGGGCCUGUUCAAGUAUCACGUAGACAUGACGUAUGGUGCGUAUUCAAACAUAAGCGUUCCGUACGCUUACUUUACUCCUUUCGCUGAAGACGAAGCCAACAAGAGCGAGACGAAAAACUGGAUGCAAGGAAAGACCAAACUGAUUGCGUGGAUGGCGAGCAACUGUAAGGAGGUCUUCUGGCCGAGGAACGAGUUCGUGGCCGAACUACAGCGCCAUAUGCAGAUCGACACCUAUGGACGCUGCGGCAACCUGACCUGUCUCCCUCGCCUAUCCGAGGAAUGUGUCAAGAUGCUCACCAAGUAUAAAUUUUACCUUUCUCUCGAAAACUCCGAGUGCAAUGACUACUUGACAGAAAAGAUCUGGGCUUCGGCGUUAGAAAAUGACGUCAUCCCCGUGGUGUAUGGACCGCGCAAAGCAGACUACGAGAAAUACGCGCCUCCGAAUUCUUUCAUCCACGUGAGUGAUUUCGAAAACGCGGAGGAACUCGCUCGCUAUAUCAAGCGCGUAGCCUCGGACGAGAAAUUAUAUAACAGCUACUUCAAGUGGCGGGAACAUGGUAAGGUCUAUCAGAAAUACCCCAAGCUGCAAAUGACGUAUUUUUGUGACUUGUUACCCUAUAUGAACAGCGUGCCACCAGUUAUGCAUGAAGUCAAAGAUUCGCGAUGGUUUAAGUCGUGCCGACAUGAACUGAAAGUUCGCAAGGGAUUGAACUUGACUGCCAUACAAAGACUGAGUGGUUGGGAGCCUUGGAAAUAAGAUAUCGUGCCAUAAGUGUAAUUAUAACAUUGUGUUAUACGUGCUGAUAUCUUUCACAACGUUAUUUUAUUUAUUCUAAAAUUAAAAUGAAUUUUGGUAGAUAUUUCGAAUAUAAAAAGUUAUGUGCAGAUUUGUAUUCAUUCAUUCAUCAUUACAUUCUAAUUCUAUAAUGCUAACCGAAAUACAAAUAUAUUCGGAACAGAUUAUAUGACCACUGCCAAACCAGACUUAUUAUUCUCUUUUGAUUGAUAAUUUAGAUUGAAGUUGCUGAUCCACUAUCAUUUAAAUAGAUGAAGGGUUGUCGAGUAUACUUACUAAAAAACUAAGUUAACUAUGGUAUUCUACUCAUCCAAAAUUAUUUUCGGUCGCCUAUUUUGUUACAAGAAGAAAACCAAUUCAUAAUAUCUUAAACUGAAAAUAACAAAUUUUUGUUCUGUUCCAGGAAAGCGUAGUAAAACUAAUAUUUUCUGUUAUCAAUAAUAUUCCUCUGUCCAUUGGGAUGGUAAUGGUUUUUGAUCCAGGAGAAGAUAAAGUUGGGAAACACAUAACAUGAAUACCACCUGAAGAAAAAUUGCAAUUUCACGGCUUAAUGACAUGAAUCAAACUGGCCCAAAGGUCAUUACACAAUUUUGAUAACCGAGGUUAAGUGCCACACAAAAGAAGUCGAUGGGACCCCUUCCACAUCUAAUCAACGGCCUUGUACAUUCACAUUUCAUUUCCCAAGCAUGGCCGGUGCCCCAUGACUGGACUCAGCUGCACGCUACUGGCCACACCUAUAGGAGCAUACAAAACCAUGGAGGAUGCGUUAUAAGAGAAAGGCCCUACCAACAUCAUAACGUCAUCGAUAAUAUGAUGAUAGGCAUUUCCUUAGAAACUUUACACCUCAGUCGCCUCAGUCACACCGCCAGGCCAACCCCAAAGUGUUUCCACACCGCUCUUUCUUGGUCAUUCGGGAGUUUGAUGUUGGUCUUGUUGGUACUCAUGGCAUUAAAUCAGUGGCGUAGCAUUGGUAUAAUUAUUCAUUGAACGAUGAUGUCGGGUUAGGGGGGGCACCGUUCUUACUAGGCGGAGGAUUUGCUAGAGAACACGUCCAUAGGGUGAGGAUAUUGUGUUAGGGGGGGGGCUGGUGUCGUGUCAUCUCAGUUUUACGUUACCUUCCCUCAUUCUCAUUCUUUAUCUCCUCCUUUCCCCUUUCCUUUUUUGUUCCUCAAUAUGGGCGGCACGUGCCCCUGUUUUCUUCGAGGCUACUAGCAUUGGAUGUAAUCAUUUGCCGUCAAUAGGAUAUCUACACUUAUUAUUUUGUAUUGAAAUCUUGCAUUCAAUCGACUGAAGAUCUAGAAUGAUUGUUAACAUUAAUUUUCCUCAUUUAGUAUAAGAUAAAAGCUUCAUUUAUACAUGUAGAUGAAUCCAUGUGACAUUUUGAUUGACGCAAUUAACGUAUUUAUUUAUAUAUUUUUAGACAAUCUGAUUGAGAUAAAAUGAUCUAUAGAUGAUCUUGAUUCGAAUGAAAAGAUUAUCAGACAAUAAUAUUUGAAUCCGAGUUUAAUGAACAUAUAAUAAAGUAUUUUUUAAUCAAAAUAUUUCGUUUACGAAACUUUUUUCAUUUAGGUGGUCACAAUGUUCGUGUUAUAUGAAUUGAACAUCUCUCUAGUGAAGAUGGAUAUAUAAAUUUGAUCUGUUUCAGUAAUACCAUCGACUGGUUAUUGCGGUAUCAUGAAAUGAUGAAAUUUAUAGAGAUGAAGAUGAUGACAAAAUGUGGCAAUACUGAGGAUUGUGAUGACAACGACGAUGAUGAUGACAACGAUGAUGAUGAUGAUGUCGAUAAAAAUGGUGAUUGUUGUACAGAAUGUGAUGACUGUAUUUCUAAUGUGUUGUAUUGUAUUAAUUGUAUUGGUUUAUUGACAUAAAAAGCAUCAAACAUGGAA